CGCACAAUACGUUCGAAGUUUAAACCCUAGCCCCGACUUCCUGUAGAAUCUCCCAAUCGAAUACCUAUUUUUCAAUCUCCGUACGCUAAUUCUACACCGCAGAUACGUAUAUAUAUACGUCGCCGGCCGUUUGUUGGGCGGAAGUUUGUAAUUUUCCGACGAGCGCGUUACGUCUGCGGCAUAUCAGUUCAUGUUUUCAACUCAGUGAAACCUACCAAUUUAGCUUUGCUGGUGCAAUUCAUGGUGUCUGCGGCUUUAGGUGGUCGCAAUGAACUAAAUUGGACUCAAUCCGGUGAACUAAUGGGGAGAGUCCCACACACUCGCCCUCAUUUGAAAUCUAACUCUAAUUCGAAUCCAAAGAAGAAACAGAAGCAAUCGCAUCCGGUAGUUAACGGCUCCCACAAUGAUGACGCGUAUUUAUUCAAUCAACCGCUGAAGGAUUCGAAUGGCGUCAAUCUGGGAAACUCUCAAACGUACAACAUCCAAUCGUACACCAAGUCCGAGCUAGUUGAGCUUAGGAAGCGCCUGAUUGCGGAGCUUGAGCAGGUCCGAAACCUUAGAGAGCGAAUUGAGUCGGGUCAAUUCAGCACCAGCACUGCUAAACCAAGACAUCCAGGGAAGUCUAAGAAAUUGUCUGGGAACGAGAAGAUAUCAAAUGGUUUAAAUAGUAUGAAUGCUGGUCUAGUUCGUGGUGGCAUUGGUGUUAUAGAGAUGGGGAAUAUGAUGAAGGAAUGUGGGCUAUUGUUGAAGAAGCUAAUGAAGCAUAAAAUUGGCUGGAUUUUCAAUACUCCUGUAGAUGCUGCAGCCAUGGGUCUUCACGAUUAUCAUCAGAUUGUUAAGAAGCCAAUGGAUUUUGGCACUGUGAAAUCGAAUUUGUCAAAGAAUAGCUAUCCGACUCCAGUUGAGUUUGCUGCUGACGUGAGGCUGACUUUAAACAAUGCGUUGCUGUACAACCCUAAAACGGAUCAAGUUCAUGGAUGGGCUGACCUUCUCCUCUCCAAAUUUGAAGAGUUAUUUAGACCUAUACAAGAUAAGAUUUCUAAAUUUGCGCCUGAAAGAAAGGUAAACUUAGGCAAUGACGAGCUUCAUAACAGUUAUAGGAAUCACAUUCCCGUCUCUGAAAUUUCUAAGAUGCCAAAGGCUGUUCCAAUCCCACGAGUCUCAAAGAAGCAAGAGAUAUUGCCAAGUCAAUCGAGUGCUUCAACACAUUCUGUUCCACCACCUCAAAUCCACCCGCCCUCACCUGUGGAUCAGCCAAUUCAAGAAAAAGUGGCAAUUGUGAAACAGCUAAAGCAAAGGACUAAAAGUACAAUCAAAAGGGAGAUGACUAUGGAGGAAAAACAUAAACUUGGAUUUGGGUUGCAGAACUUACCUGAAGAUAAGAUGCCACAGUUGGUACAAAUUAUAAGAAUGAGGAAUGGGAACAUGGCUGAAGAUGGUGAUGAAAUUGAGCUGGACAUUGAGGCUUUAGACACAGAGACACUCUGGGAGCUUGAUCGCUUUGUAAACAACUGUAGAAAGGUGGAGAGCAAGACAAAAAGACAAGCUUUUGAUAAUUCUGUUCCUACUUCCAAUGCUGUUGAGGCUGCUGUAGUUGAUAAGAAUGAUACAGUGGAAAAUAAUCCCAAACUUGUUGAAUUUGGGGAAGAAGACAUCGAUAUAGGUGAUGAUAUGCCUGAUGUCAGCUUUACCCCUGUUGAAAUCGAGAAGGAAGACGUCGUUGCUUCCCGAGAGCCUGAUAACCACAGCAGUAGCUCUAGCAGUGAAUCAUCUUCUUCUAGUGGUUCUGAUUCUGGAAGUUCUUCUGGUAGUGACUCAGAUCAUGGUGAUGCACAGUCGUGACUCUCUCAGCUCUGAUUAGUCUGAGGUUGCAUUGGGCUUCACCGCUUGAGCAUCUUGUUUGCUUCUCCCGCUUUAUUCCUUCUCUCUGUGUGGUGUUAUCAAGCAUGGAAGAUGGGAAUUUCCAGAUUGACAAUUAACGCGGAAAGUUGAAAAUGUAAAUGCAAUGCUUAUGUUGGCAUCCCUUACUCGAAGAACUUUGCAGGGCAGUUGAAAUAUGAAACAAAGAUAAUGAUUUUGUAUACUUAAAAAGAUGUAAUACCCUACUUUAAAAGCCUUGUUUUUUAAACGUUACUUUUCUAUAAAUGUAUUUCUUUGAUGUACCCGUUUUUGUUCCCUUUGUUGCAACGCUCGUUCUAAUCAUAUCCGCCUCUCGAAGAAGGGUUGUUUAUAACGACUCUUUUUAUAUCAAUUUUCGUUUAUAAAAUUUCAUGGUUUAGAAGUAGCGCAAAG